GACUUGCAAACAAGAACUGCGACGGGAUUUACGCUCGCGCAGCGGUGAUGUGGCGCACAGUGGUGCAUUUAAACAGGCCCGACCGUGGUGGACGGAUUCUCGUAACUCUGGCAAAUCCCCGCGACGCCCCACCCUGUCAUGUGCAGCGACAGCGGCGCACAACCUUACGAUGGCGGCUGCCCAAUUCAGGGCUGGACCGCCCCGGAAGACGCCAACCGUCGGGCGUUGAGUAUCUCACGGACGGCUCCCCCCAACAACGCGUCCAUAUUCACUGACCAACCGCAGGCAACCUCUAUCCCGGGCCCGCAGUCACUCAGCUUCCCGGGCUACGGAGAGUAUCCCGGUGCAAUAGACGCGAGCUCGAUGAAUUCAUUUGCCCCGGCUCGUCGGGCUAAUGAAUACGGUGGACUGUUCACCGCGCCCACUGUGCCCACUGCACUGGGCAUGCCAGGCUCUUCGGGGACUUGGAUGGACCCGCACAUGCCGAGCGCUGACUUCGCGUCCACCUCGAACCUUAAUCAUGGGCUUGCUGACUACGUGUCGAGCGGUGCAGACAUGGGUCGGACAGGCUCCACCGUUAUACCAAUGCAACCUUCCAUGCGAGCGGACUACGGCCAGACAAUCGAUGACUUCGGGAUAAGACACGGCAUGCCACACGACUCGGACCAAUUAUUCGAUACCUUCACUGGUCCGGGCUGGGCGCCAGCCAACGUCCGCCGUUCGCUGAGCUACGGACAUGGCGACCCGCCACCGUUUCGACCAAUACCGUCAAUGUAUCAACCACACGCUGGCGGCGACCUUCUCCCGCGUUCCAGCACGGCGCCUCCGACUGACGUGCGGCCGUCAGGAGGUCCUAUGAGCGGCGGGCCCGUAGGCGAGCGUUGUCGGUGGGGCGGCCAAUGUCAGACGAUAAUAACAGACCUCACCGCCUCCGGGAUCAAUCGUCACCUGAAGGAGUGCCAUGUGCAGCCUUGGGACGACCGGAUGCGCGGCUACUGCGAAUGGGAGGGAAGCCCGUGCAACAAGAAGCUGCAGUUCUACUUCGGCUUUGGGAAGCACAUCGCGUCUGUCCACAUUCGAUCAACGGCGAGCAAGUGCGAGAUGUGUGGGCAAAUCCUGGCGCGCGGAGAUACUCUCGAUCGUCACGCUAAACGCUUCUGCCAUGGACGCCCCCCUGGCUAAUGAUAGGUACGCGAGCGACUGCGUUACAGGUGAGCCUUUGUUGUGCGCGUAGGCCAACAGGGAAGAUUGACCGUUGCCAGCAGAGAGGCGCCGCUUAGUGUGCGAUGCUCCUCUCCUCUCCAUUUCACAACAAUAUUCCGCGAUGCACUGGAUGAUUCCCCUUUCUUGGAGACAGCGCGGGAGGCAUCAAGCAGCUCGGCUACCAGGAAAUUGUUGUACAACACUACGCCCUCUUUGUCUGGUGGUUCU